AUGAGAAUAUCAACAAGUGUUGUUGUUUGUUUCUUUGUGUUGUUGGUCGCUUUCGCAAAUGCUGACUCAACCCCAACUGAUGAUGAGAUUCAGGCUUUCCACAGCUGGGCCGAUGCUUUCGGAAAGUAUUACACUGAUGGUGAAUUCCAAGCUGCUUUCGCCAACUGGCAGGCAAACGUCGAGAAGGUCGCCGCCAUCAACGGUGCCAUCAACCAAGUCAAUGUCCUCAUGACCGUCGGCAGCUCCCAAGCCGCCACCAGCAGAGUCCUCUCAUCCGUCAACGAAGCCGUCACCGUCACAUACCCAAGCGCUGAUGUCCAGACUGCCUCCCUCAACUCAUUCAGUGACCUUACUUAUGAGGAGUUUGCUUCGAUGUUCACUGGUGCUGACAGUGCUUUCGCACCAACUGCUGCCGCUGCUGCUGCCCUCUCAACUGGUGCCAUCGUUGGUAUUGCUGUUGGUGGUGCUGCUGCCCUUGCUUUGGCCGCUGGUGUCACUGUUGCCGUCGUCAAGAGACGUCAGUCCACCGAGCCAGAGACCUCUGGCAACAACGAGGUCAACAUGAAGCGCAAGUCAAGAGGAAUCGAUAUCUUCAAGUUCAGAAGCAACAAGGCUCAUCAAUCGAUCACAGCACGUGGCCAACCAAUCAAUGGAUAA